CGAUUCGCCCUCGAUUAUAAAUAGCCGCACAUCACGGGGGCCUUGAGGUUUGAGGAGCCAACCCCGCCCCGCGCCGCCCCGCCGCGGCCGCGUCGUCUCCUCCGCCACCUCCACGUCUAGGGUUCCCCUCCGCCGUCAGCAUUGCCCGCCGGAGCUUCUGGUUAGUAUUGAGUGGAAUUCAGCUGAUGGAACUACUAAAGAUUCCCUUUAAGGGUGUCGUCGCUGAUAUCGAAGGCCGAGCAGCUUGGUACAAGCAUGAUUGGCUUGAGGGAUUCCACUCUGGCUUCAGGAUAUUGGCACCUACUAUGUAUAUAUUUUUUGCCUCUGCCCUCCCAGUCAUAGCCUUCGGAACGCAACUGAGCAGAGAAACAAAUGGUAUACUCACCACAGUAGAAACACUGGCAUCUACUGCAAUAUGUGGCAUCAUCCAUUCCAUUCUUGGAGGGCAGCCUCUGUUGAUAGUUGGAGUUGCAGAGCCAACUAUAAUCAUGUACACGUAUCUCUACAACUUUGCCAAGAACCAGCAAGCUCUGGGGGAACGACUGUAUUUAGCAUGGGCUGGAUGGGUCUGCAUCUGGACUGCGAUCAUGUUGUUUCUUCUGGCAAUGUUCAAUGCUUCUAAUGUUAUUAGCAGGUUUACAAGGGUUGCAGGAGAACUUUUCGGGAUGUUGAUCACUGUUCUGUUCCUGCAACAAGCUAUUAAAGGAAUUAUAGAAGAAUUCAAGGUACCUGGAGGUGUCGACCAUAGUUCACCUAUAUAUCGAUUCCAGUGGUUGUAUGUCAACGGCCUACUUGGUGUAAUCUUUUCAAUUGGGCUGUUAUACACUGCAUUAAGGUCAAGAAGGGCAAGGUCAUGGGUGUAUGGUCAAGGGUGGCUCAGAGGCUUCAUUUCUGAUUAUGGUGUCCCACUUAUGGUGAUUGUUUGGACAGCAUUAUCGUACGCAUUACCAAAGGAUGUUCCUUCAGGAGUUCCUAGGAGGCUGUUCAGUCCACUUCCCUGGGAGUCAAGUUCACUGCAUCACUGGACCAUAGCAAAGGACCUGUUUUCUGUUCCCCCAGCAUACAUAUUUGCUGCCAUUCUGCCAGCUUUGAUGAUUGCAGGACUUUACUUCUUUGAUCAUAGCGUGGCUUCACAAUUGGCGCAACAAAAGGAGUUUAACUUGAAGAAGCCCUCUGCUUACCAUUAUGACAUUUUGGUCCUCGGAUUCAUGGUCCUGCUUUGUGGUUUGAUUGGCAUCCCUCCAUCUAAUGGAGUACUUCCUCAGUCCCCGAUGCAUACAAGAAGCCUUGCUGUCCUUAAGGGGCAGCUGCUACGCAAAAAGAUGGUUCAAACUGCCAACGAAGGCCUGAUGAAUCGUGCUAGCAGUUUGGAAAUCUAUGGCAAGAUGCAAGGGGUUUUCAUUGAGAUGGACUGUGAAAAAAAUACUGAUUCUGUUGACAAGGAGUUAAAGAGCUUGAAGGAUGCUAUGCUGCAAGAAGGUGAUAAAGAAGGGACAUUGGCUGAAGAAUUUGACCCUAUAAAACAUAUUGAAGCACAUUUGCCUGUUCGAGUGAAUGAGCAGAGACUAAGUAACUUGCUGCAAUCCUUAUUAGUUGGUGCUUGUGUUGGAGCUAUGCCAGUCAUCAAGAUGAUACCGACAUCGGUCCUCUGGGGUUACUUUGCUUAUAUGGCCAUUGACAGUCUACCUGGCAACCAGUUUUGGGAAAGAAUAAGACUUAUAUUCAUCCCAUCAAGCCGACGCUACAAGGUUUUGGAGGGUCCCCAUGCGUCUUUCAUGGAGUCAGUGCCUUCAAAAACAAUUACUGUCUUCACGAUCUUCCAGUUGGUUUACCUCUUGAUAUGCUUCGGCAUAACAUGGAUACCAAUAGCAGGGAUCCUGUUCCCGUUGCCAUUCUUCCUUAUGAUUCUUAUCAGGCAGCAUGUCCUCCCAAAGUUUUUUGAGCCAAAUGACCUUCGGGAAUUGGAUGCAGCUGAGUAUGAAGAGCUUGAAGGUGUCCACCACGAUCACACGCUGGAGGAUGGUGCAUCUGAUUCAGAAAGCUGUGGCAGCCGUGACGAUGCCGAGAUAUUAGAUGAGCUGACAACUAACCGUGGAGAGCUAAAGCACAGAACUUUCAACCACCGUGAAGAAAGGCACCCGCAGGCGCAUACAAAAGCCGUUCAGCCCAGGUGUGGAGAUACAGAAAACUGGUCCGAGUACAGGGACAAUGUAGUUGCCCUCGUUCAACAAGAAGCAAACGGUGUAAGGGUUUUCCAUGUCAACAAUAGGGAAUUCUGGUUGGACAUUUGGAAGGCGGUUUUCACAAUCGAGGUCCCAAAGUUGGGCAGCAUCCAGUGUCGCAUCUUCUCUCCAUGUUCCGUCCUCGCACCACGACCACAGGGUUAUGCUAAAACUGCCACCACAUUGGUUGAUGAUAUUGACGAACUUGAUGCCAUGUCGAGGGUGAGGAGGGAGGUCUCCGGCGGCGGCGCGAGCUCGAACGAGACGGAGAUCUCCUUGCCGCCGGAGGUGCGGGAGGCCACCGACGUGGUGCGGUCGCCGCGGAAGGAAUCCCUCCGGGCACCGACCCGAUUCAGGAUCACCCAGGUUGGGUUGGAGUCGCCGGCGCCGUCCAACGACAGGGCUGAGGAGGACCGCUUCGGCCGCCCGUGGCCGCCGGGAAUCUCCGUCUCCUUGGUCGGCGUUGGUUUGCGCCGGUGUACGGCCCGCGAACCGUCGGACGAUCCCUUGCGCCGCCUGUGGCUGGGAAUCCGUGCCCCCGUCCCCGUCUCCGUCUCCGUCUCCGUGGGGAUCCGCAUGGCGGCGCCGGCGGCGGCGAGGGUUUGGUGUUUGGUGCGCGAAAGGCAAAACGGCUCCGUGCACCUUGUCCACGAGUCCCACGAGUGCACCGGGUCCAGUGCACCAAAACCAAACCAAAACCCCCCACCCCCACCCACUCCGCUCCUCGUCCUCCUCCUCCUGCAAGCUUCCUCCCUCCUCGCGGCCAUGGCGGCGCCGUUCGUCUACUGCCGCCCCACCGACGACGGCACCAGUGAGAGCGCUCUCCUGAGGGCGGCCUUCGACGGGAACCUCGGACGCCUCAAAGGUAUUUUAAAGAGCCUUGGGAUCGAGAAAGGAAAGACCCAGUAUGCAGUCUUAGCUCUUAACAAGCAUGGGAUUGGGAUGCUGCACGCCGUGGCAUGCCAGGGCCAUCUGAAUGUUUGCAAGUUCUUGGUGGAGGAAUUGGGGGGUGACGUGAAUAUUGCUGGAAAAGAAGAUAUAACACCGUUUAUGGCCGCUGCUGAGUCUGGUGAUGUUCCUACGGUGCAGUAUUUUCUUGAUCAUGGUGGUGAUGUAACAAAAGCAGAUGUUAGAGGAUGCACAGUUCUCCACCAUGCUGCUGGCACAGGAUGCUGUAAGGUAACAGAGUUCUUGCUUUCAAAAGGGAUACCUGUUGACAUAGACUGUGGCCUUGGAACACCACUCUUUCAUGCUGCUAACAAUGGCAAGGAUAAGACACUGAAGAUUUUGUUGGAUCACAAGGCAGAUCCUAACGUAAUUAUCAAUAAUGGAGCCGGUAGUCCCCUGAUGAGUUCCCUUAUCUACCGAUCAUUGAAGUGUAUGAAGCUACUCAUAAAGGCUGGUGCUGAUGUUAAUGGCAAGGGUACAGUUGUAACCCCUUUGAUGCUUGCUGCGUCGCAGGGAGGCUAUACUAACUUCAUUCAGUUUCUUCUGAAGGCUGGAGCAAACCCCAAUAUUCCUGAUGAUUUGGGUUGGUUGCCAAUAGAGCAUGCUGCAUUACGUGAUUGCAGGGAAGAAGUUGAAAUGCUAUUUCCAUUGACUUCUCCAAUUCCAAAUGUCCCAAACUGGAGUGUUAAUGGAAUAAUCGCUCAUGCAAAAGUCAAAAAUACAAAGCCAAUGGAUCAACAUCAGAAGGAGAGUAGAAAAGUCGUUUUGAAGGCACAGGCAGAUUUGGUAUUCAAGCAGAAGAAUUACGCCGCUGCAGCAAAAAUAUAUGAUCUGGCAAUAGCUCAUGGACCGACUGCAGUUUUGUACGCAAACAGGAGCAUCUGUAGAUUGCUCAUGGGUGAUGGUGAAGGUGCUCUUUCUGAUGCUUACAGAUGCCGAAUGAUGCGGCCUAACUGGGCAAAAGCUUGCUACCGUCAGGGUGCAGCUCACAUGCUACUCAAGGAGUACAAACAUGCGUGUGAUGCUCUCAUGGAUGCACAAAAAUUAGAUUCUGGGAAUGUCGAGAUUGAGAGGGAACUAAGGAAAGCUAGGGAAUUAAUGGCGAAACCUCCAGAUGAGCAGUGAGGCAGAAUAACCGCAUAAUCGUCAGCUAAGCAGGAACUUUUCUUAGCGCUGCACUAUUUUGUUGGAUAUGUGAUGAAAUGUAAAUAAUGCACUUCACGGAACUCUCACCAAUCGACAGCCAGCUGACUGUCACGCUCACACUAACCUCCCUUAUCUAUCUGAUGCUACUCACAACCCCUGAACAUUGUAUCAGUUGAUUCAGUUCCACGCAAUUAUCAGAACAUUGCUGAAUGCUUACGAAGAA